CUGUCAAAAACCGGAUACGCAAUAAAUGAUAACCUAGAUGUCCUCCAUUUGACCGGUACAUGUAUAUGUUAACCAGCGUUUAAACACAAUUCGUUCACACGUGUUCCUUGAUCCUUAAAGAUAAGUUUGUAGGAAGCUCAUUCGCGCAGUAAAAACCAUACAGAAAAAUGGAGUUUCUGCUCAAGAAGAACUUGGCAGUCUGUCUAAUUGUGUCCAUUGUGAUGUCCCAGUCUUUGACCCCCACUGUCGCACUGACGACCAACAACCGUAUCUUGCUGAGUAGUGUAUUGGUAGGCUCAGCUCUAGCGGCCUCGAUUUCUGGGGGACACGUCUUCAGUCCUACAGAGUAUGCCGCCUUGACAACUGCUGUCCUUUUUCUGACUAUUCCUAGACCACAAGCAGCCCAGAAAGGAUACUGCACAUCGCCUGGAUAUUCGGUUCAUCCCCUGUUUGGGUGCUUUAGCCUUGUGCAGAGUACAAACCCUGUAACAAUCGCCGUUGCAAGACAAGAGUGUGCGAAUGAAGGCGGACAGUUGCUGUUGGUAAAGUCAGAAGAAGAGAGAAAGGAGCUUAUCAAGCUACUUCCUUCAAACAAGGAAGCUUUCAUACAAGGUUCUAAGGAUGGAGACAAUUGGGUAACGGACGCUGGAAGCCCCCUGCCUUACGUACCUACUUCCGGUAUUGUCGACGGAACCAAUCCCCAGGCAGCAGGGAUAGUCCUUAUGAAGGGUGGGAUUUUUGCUGCAAAAACGGGUCAAUACACAAACAAUUUUUAUUUUUGUCAAAUCUAAGCUUUUGGUGAAAGAAAGAAAUAUCAUUGUGCUAACUUCUUUUGCCAAUUUGGCUUUUAUAAAACUACCUUUGAAACUUUAAGUGUCAAUGCGAUGUUUUU